AUGGCGGCGGCGGGCGGCGAUGGCGGCGCGGCGGUGGCGGGGGACGGCGGUGCCGAUGGCGGUGGAGGCCCGGCCCUAUCGGCGGCCCCGGGUCGCGCCCAGGUGUUCACCACCGUGGUGGACACCUUCCUGGAGAAGCUGGUGGCCGCCGGGAGCUACCAGAGGUUUGUCAACUGCUACCGCUGCUUCUACAAGCUGCAGCCCCAGCUGACCCGGAGCAUUUACGAUCAGUUCGUCUCCCAGCUACAGGCGUCCAUAAAGGAGGAGAUCCAGGAAGUGAAAAAUGAAGGGAAUCUAGAGGGACUCUUUAGUUCAUUGGAUAAGGUUGUGGAGGAGGCAAAGGACCGGGAAGAGCCAGCAUGGCGGCCCAGCGGGAUCCCCGAGGACGACGUCCGCAGCGCCAUGGUGCCGUACUUCCUGAAGCACCGCUCCUACCUGCGCAGAGUCCUCAGGGAGAAGGAGGAAGAGAACAGGAAGGUGGCUGAGUCUGUGCUGAUGGGGAGGGACAGGAUUGCGGAGUUGCAGCAGCUGAUCCAGGCUCGCCAACAGGCCUGGCAGGCAAUCAGUAAGGAGCAACGAGAACUCGUCAUGACAUUCCAGGAGCCCCAGUGAGGCCUCAGAAUGUCCCACGGGCUCUGCUGAGACAGUUAAUUGUCCCAAAGCACCGAUGGGACAGGGUGUGCGCAGAACCCAAACUGAGAAUCACCCCAUCAGGCCACUGGAGACUGCAGAGGAACCGGAACAGCUGCUGGACUGGCACCAUUUGAUCAGAUUUGGCGAAGAAACAAAAAAAACAUUGGGAUCUUUGGAAAUGGAUGGCAAUUCCCUAUUUCCUACUCAGCUAGACAGAGACAAGGGGCACAAAGUGUGUCUGUGCUCUCAUCUGCUCCCCUGAGUGCUGUGACAGGCCUGACUCCAGUUUCCAAAGCCACAUUUGGGGUUUUGUAGCUAUAUUAGCUGUGCAUUAGACAGAAUUCAGUGCCAUAAGCCCCAAGCCACACCGUGCCCAGACCUGAGGAGCCCACGAGCAGGAGCACACAUGUUCCUGCCUGUGCUUGCAGGUUCAUUCAGUCUCCAUGUGCUCAAACCCGUUGCAGAUGUGGCAGCAGCUGCUGCACCAGGUUCCUCAUUACCAUCCGUUCUGUUUUCCACGUUAUUUCCAGCCCUGGUCCCCUCCCAGCAGCCUGAGGUAUCUGGGGGUCUGUGCAGAGGUUGGAAUGGCCCUGCCUCCACUUUGUGGGCUUGUGGCACAGGGGUUUAAUGUUCUGUUCUGGAACCAGACUGGUUUUCCCCACCCAGAGUCAUCUGUUAAGGGCCUCAUCGAAAGUUUGCAGGCUGGGGAAGCGAAGGCUCCCGGGAUCUCUCUGCCAGAGCCCCACGAGUGACGUGUGCCUCCAGAGUGAACAGGUUGUUUCUGGGGCUGGCAGGGAAUGAGGAGAGUCCCCUCGCACCUGAGGGAGACUGAGAGAGGUUCUGAGUCCAGCAGCCACUGAGGGCAGCAGGUUCCGUGGUCUCCACCCCAAGGAGAGGCCGUGCCCUGUGGCAAACUGGGGAGCAGCAGUGGCUGCUUGCACCACACCCCAACCUCUGUUUGCAAUUAGAGCCUGCGACAGAGCGGCUGCAACCAUUUCCCCUGUGCCUGCCCUUGUUGUGCUGGAAUCUCAAUAAAUUGGGGCUGUUGUUCCCAGCUUGGCUCCUGCCA